CUUAUAAGUUCUCAUAUUCCCAUAUCCUCUCAAUCUCACUACACACAGACCAAACAUGACUUCAAAGAAAUCUGCCUUGGAUGCAUUGCGCUCACAGGUGCUUUCUCACACUGGAUCAGAAGAGCGGGUUGAAGUCAACCAACGGCAUCUCAUUGACAAAAUCUUGGCAAGAUACUCUGCUGAAUAUGUAGUUUACCGCGAACUCAUGCAGAACUCUGAUGACGCUGGAGCUAAAGGAAUAGAAAUUGUUUUUGAAACUGGGUCGCCUGGUCGUCACGAAACAGCCCCGAAUUUGAACUCAAAGAUUACACGAGUCUUGUUCAAAAACAAUGGCAUGGAUUUCCGACCAGAAGAUUGGAAUCGGCUGAAAAAGAUUGCGGAAGGAAAUCCUGAUGAAUCCAAGAUCGGUGCUUUUGGUGUCGGAUUCUACUCACUGUUUUCCAUCUGUGAGGAGCCUUUUGUAUCGUCUGGAAAGGAAUGUAUGGCUUUUUACUGGAGAAAUGAUCAGCUGUAUGCCAAAAGAGCUCAGAUUCCAGAGGAAGAUUUACAGAAGGAUGGUUGGACGACUUUUCUACUUGAUCUGCGUGAGCCCAUAGACAUGUUAGACAUGGAUGAGUUUGCUCCUUUCCUGGCGCGAUCUCUUGGGUUCACAGGAAACCUACGAGAAAUAACUGUAUAUCUGGACCACCAUCGACUCUUGAACAUCACUAAAAGAAUGCGCGAACCCCGUCCAAUGACACUUUCAAAGUCCAUGUAUAAAACAUCUCCGGAAAAGAUAUUUACACUAAAGUCCGUUGAGCUCCAAAGCGUGCAGAUGGAUGCGACUAGGAUGGAGGUCUCAAGAUGGACUCGCGAAGUAACUACAACUGUCACAACUAUCUUUCUCAAAACAGCAUCUGGGCAUAUGGAUGUUAAUGUAUCCAAAAAAUUCGCUGCAGAGAUGGAGCGCACAACUAAGAAAUAUCCUCCAGCUCAAACGGCCAUUCAGAUUCUCUAUGUCGGACAUGAUGAGAAACAGGCUUCUACAGAAAACAAGUCAAUAUUUAAAGACCUAGUGCCAUUUCCGGAACAGGGCAGAAUCUUUAUUGGUUUUCCAACACAUCAAACAACUGGGUUCUGCAGCCACGUUGCGGGUCGAUUCAUUCCAACGGUCGAACGCGAGAGCUUGGAUUUUGUCGACAAAUGCCUUCAAGUCUGGAAUCACGAGCUUUUAUGCAUGGCCGGAUUGCUUUCAAGGGCUAUCUAUGAAGACGAACUCGCUCAGAUUGGCCAUCUUUACAAUGAAAUGAUCCUGGCACAUCAAAACAUGGAUCAGCCUGAUGAUCAAGUUAGUGCAACAGCACGGGAAUGGUUGGAGAAGCGAGCACUCCAUGCAUUGCAAGCAUUUGAAUACCACCAAAGCACACCUAGUCCCCAGGUCUCUCACUACAUUGAAGGCUAUUUCUUUAGGAUGUCAACCGCUGCCCUCUCGAUUCUUUCUUCUCAUGGUGUUAAGGAGCUCGAUAAGAUCCGUAUUCCUGAUCCGGCCAUGUCAGCAUUUUUGAAGCAACUUCCAACUAUCCCCUCAAGUUUGUAUACUGGAAGUCAAAAAUAUAUUGAAAAAUUGGAGAAACAAGGAAAAGUAAAGAGAAUUUCAUUCAAAGACGUCCUUACUGAGCUCGAGAACCGAACGCUGACAGUGGAGCAAAUGACUGCUAUGCUGAAAUGGUGGAUCAACUAUCAAGGCAGGCACACUCUUUCAGAUGGGGAUGUCGACUCAUUUUUCCAACUGGCACUUGUUUGUUCAGGUGACACAGUAAAGCCACUCUCGACACUAAAGUGGUUCGUCAAUCCAAAAGUGACGCCGAUUGAUAUGCCUCUACCGCCUAAUACCAUCCCAUAUGACAUCACAAAGACAUUUACACAGCCGGAACUCUACAGAAUAUCUGGUACUUGGCAGGAGCUCAAUCUCAUUGAGUGGACGAAAUUUAUUGUGAACGAUCCAGAGUUUGUGGCGUCACCUGUAUUUGCAGAAAAGGUCCUUCAUGUCUUGUCACGCGGGUGGGGUCAGUUACAUGAGAAUCAACAAAAGGCUAUUGUGGCCAUGUUGGUGCAGAAGACAUGUAUCCCUACCAAGUAUGGUAUGAAACUUCCAAACGAAUCUUACUUCAAAACCGUGACAUUAUUCCCGGAUCUGCCUGUCAUGGUAUUUACAAAGCAGCCGCUUGAGAAAUUGUUGUUGACCAUGGGUGCCAGAAAGAGCGUUGAGCUGCAACUGGUGUUUGACCGACUUGUGAAUGCAGGAAGUUGGGAUCAUAUGCAGCUGGUCAAGUACCUCACUUCUGUAAGAGAAACUCUCUCACCGAAUGAGAUGAAGCGUCUCAAGGCCACUCCGAUUUUCCCUAGAGAAAACUUUGAAAAGAACAAGGCUGCUCCAACAUUACCUCCACCCGCUCCACCGAAAGAUAAAGAAGGAAGCGCCGCCACCACUGGUGCAGCCUCAGGAAAAGUGCCCAAUACCGGCCCUCCACCGCUGCCUAUUAAGCGUUACGCUGCCAGUACGCUCUAUGUCCCUACAGAUGACCACAUAGCCCUGGGCUUGCCUGUCAUUGAGUGGAAGGGUCGGUGGAGAUCGACGUCAGAUGAGGCUAAGCUUCUGUUGGAGCUGGGAUUACUAACACAUCCGUCAUUGGAUGUUUUACUUACGUUGGCUGCACCUCCAUCUGAACAGACAGUUCAAGUCAAGGCUCUGCAGUAUUUGCUCGAGCAUUUCAAGACCCUCUAUGCACCUUACUACAACCCUAAGAACGUCAAAGUCGCAUUCUUGCCAACUGUGGAUAACAAAAUGGAAACACCAGAGGGAUGCUACUGGAACGCUGCAUGCAGUGUUAUGGGCUUUCCUGUGUUACGUGAAGAUUUGCGGGUACACGCAGCUAUGCUUCGGAUCCGAGAGAAUCCUCCUGCACUAAAGUUGAUUGAGAAACUAGAGACUUCUCCUCCACCUACUAAAGAGAAGGCACGGCAAAUAUUUGAAUUCUUGGGUAAAUUCCAAGGUGAGUUUAGCCACCAUCACUGGCUUACUCUCCGCGGUAUGAAGUUUAUUCCUCUGGAUGACUCCGGAAAGUCUUUUACGGAGCCUCAGGCCUGUUAUUUCUAUAAGAAAGACUCUGCAUUCCAUCCAGAUUUGCUUACUACAGUUGAUUUUGGUCGGGCUGCGAACCUUUUUCUCAAGUCGUGCGGUGUCAAGGAGGAACCCACCCCAAUGGAGCUGACACAGCUUGUUGUUCGUUCUCCACAAGAUUUCCUAAACAGGAACGGAGGUGUCGAGAAUUACAAGUCAAUCCUACGUCAGAUUGCGUCUCAUAUGCAUGUCAUUCGGACAAAUAAGACCCUAGUCAAAGAGAUGGUCAGUGCACCAUUUUUGUUGGGUGAGAGACGGAUUAACCAGGAUUUGGAGGAAGAAAGUUCGUCAACAGCUACUGCGGGCGAUAAGACAGGAGGAGCUGAUGAUACAGGUGAUUCAUCUAUUGCUAGCUUGGGGCAAGUUGUUGUUCAGUACAAGCUUGCAAGAGCUUGCGACAUCUACUUGAUUGAUGACACUGUCCUUCAGCAGAUCUUUACGCCUCUCAGUGCUCCUAUGGAGAGUCUUUUGGAAACACUCUACGAAUCACUGGGCAGCACUUGGAUCUCGAAACAGGUCAAGGAGAAUUGUCGUCCGCAGGGGGCAUUAGCAGUGACACGGAGGUCACAGAGCCUGCAGGAAUUAAUUGUUGAGCGUGCACCAUUACUUUUGAGUGACCAUCCGCCUAAUCGAUUGAAUUUUGAUUUGGACUGGUUGACUACCAAGCUCAAGGUGCGCCAGGUACCCGAAAUUCAACUGCGACGGGAGUUUGUCCCUACUGGUGCAACACAUAUCGAGUCAACUACAGCAUGUGUCGUCCAAGACCAAGCUAAAGCUUACUACCUACUUGUCACUGCAAAGGGUGAUAUGGAUUACUUUGAUAUUGCUGAUGCCUUGGCAAAGCUGUUGCUGAAAAAGAAAAAGUUGAACGAUUCGAUUUGGUGGUCGAACCUGCUCUUUACUAGCUUAUUGAAUUUGAAGCGCAAGGGAUUCCAAGUGGAUCGAAUUCUGAAUGCAAAAAAGGCUGAGCAAGCUAGAAUUGAAGCAGCCGCCAAGGCUGAUGCUGCCGCUGCUGCGCAGGCAGCUAACAGUGCUCCUGGGCCUAAGAAAAUGGCAGAGUACCUUGCACAGUUAAAGGAUGUUUUCCCAGAUUGCGACCCUGCCUAUUUGAUGGAUGCACUUUCCAAAGAGAACCAGGACCAUGUUCAGCGUGUUACCAUGAAGUUGCUGGACUCUGGAUAUCCUCGUAUUGAAGGAGGUAAGAAUAGGUCCAGUCAGGUGCCAGCUCCUGCACAUGUACCGGGAUCCUUUCCAUCACAGGAUAAUAGCAAUGUCUCCACCAUCUCUACGCUACCUCCCGCACCGCCUGCAAAAGCAAGUUUACCAUCGCCAUCAGGUUCUGGUGGAGGAGGGUCAUUUUUUAGUCGCUUGAAGAGUAUCAGAGACUCUGUGAUUGGAAGGCCAAUUAGUCAGGAUACAUUGACUGGGAUCACACCUUCUGGUUCAGAUAAGUCCUCAGACAUCAAGCGAACAUCGGUUACAUCGACAGCGCCGACUACCAACUCUGUCAUCAAGAGCUUCACCCCUGACUACCAAGAGAACUUGCAGCAAUCUCUCCAGAAAGCGAUUCGAAACUGUCGAUCGAAUGGCCGGGACGAUAUUGCGAGUGAACCAACAGCGUCGCAAGUGUCAGAAGUGUUGACGAAUUCAUAUUGUGAUGUCAAACCAGGUCAUCAACUUAGUUUUGUAGGCCAUGCUGGUGAACUCGAGUUUUAUCUGGAUAAAAGCUGUGAUGCUGAUGAGAUCAUGACCAAAGACAACCUCAAAUCAUUAGCUCGGUUCGUGAGGCUGUUAAUGGUGUUGGCACAGGACGUCUUUGGGCUUGUGCCUGAGACGAUGCAUGUCUACUACGAUCCCGAUGGUCAAGCCAUUGCUUUCAAUCGUGGAGGGGCUUUGUUCUUCAACUGGAGAUACUUUGUAGCCUUAGGACACGAUGAUGGGGCUGGAUUGACCCCGAAGCAGGUACAAGGAAAGACUGUUAGUUCUAGGGAUGUCGGACUUAUUUACUGGUUCUUCACGAUGGCCCAUGAGUUGGCGCACAAUUUCGUCAGUGAACAUAGCAGCAAGCAUGAGUUCUAUUUUUCAUCCUUCUGCGAGGAAUACCUUCCAGCAUUGAUGACGGCCAUGGUAGCAAAGUCCUUGCCUUCAACCGAAACAAGCACCAGUGUCAGUCCAACAGCUGCGACAGCAGCGCCUGCCCUACCCAAUAUUAUGGACACACCUGUGCCUAAUUAG